UUCAGGUUCAAGUUUACUGCCUCCUCUAGGAAGACCCCUCAAGACUGGUUGAGCUUCCCUGCUAUUUCCUUCCAUAAUAUCCUGUCUCAAUCCUAUUCAACCCUUUUCAUUUUGUUCUGAAAUUGUCCAUUUUCCCGUGCCCCUCAGACUUUGCGUUUUUUGUGGGUGGGGGCAGCGUCUGACUUCACCUUCCUUUUCUGCCCUGGAAGGUAUUACAGUCGGCAUCCUCUUAGGCUCUCUUGGAGUUUUCACCAUCGGGAAGGCUAUGAGUCUACCAAGUUCUCCCUCCCACCUAUGCAGCCAUAUACUCAAAAUUGGACCCAAGUAACACAGUUUGUCAUGGUGGGCUUUGCUGGGGUGCAAGAGGCACGCCUCCUUUUCUUUGCGCUUUUCCUCACCAUGUACCUGUUCACCUUGGCAGAGAACUUGGCCAUCAUAUUAGUGGUGGGCCUUGACCAUCGGCUCCGGAGACCCAUGUAUUUCUUCCUGACACACUUGUCCUGCCUUGAAAUCUUGUACACUUCAGUCACAGUGCCCAAGAUGCUGGCUGGUUUUAUUGGGGUCGAGGGGGGCAAGUAUAUCUCCUAUGCUGGCUGCCUGUCCCAGCUCUUCAUCUUCACCUUCCUUGGGGCAACUGAGUGUUUCCUGCUGGCCGCCAUGGCCUACGACCGCUAUGUGGCCAUCUGUAUGCCUCUCCGCUAUGGGUCCUUGGUGUCCUGGGGCACCUGCAUCCGUCUGGCCGCUGCUUGUUGGCUGGCAGGCUUCCUCACGCCCAUUUUGCCCAUCUACCUCAUGUCUCGGCUGGCAUUUUGCGGCCCCAAUGUUGUGGACCACUUCUUCUGCGAUGCCUCGCCCCUGCUGGCCUUGUCCUGCUCGGAUGUCACCCUGAAGGAGACGGUGGAUUUCCUGGUGUCUCUGGCUGUGCUCCUGGCCUCCUCUGCCGUCAUCGCUGUGUCCUACGGCCACAUCGUCUGGACGCUGCUGCACAUCCGCUCGGCUGCUGAGCGCCGCAAGGCCUUCUCCACCUGUGCGGCUCACCUCACAGUGGUGGGCCUCUUCUAUGGCACUCUUUUCUUUAUGUAUGUCCGGACCAAAGUGGCCUCCUCCAUCAACUUCAACAAGGUGGUGUCUGUCUUCUACUCCAUUGUCACACCAAUGCUCAACCCCCUCAUCUACAGUCUUCGGAACAAGGAGGUGAAGGGAGCCCUGGGCCGAGCCUUUUCCCUCAAGUCCUGGAAGAGACAGUGAGGAGGCAGAUGGAGGAUACCCAGCCUCCUUUUCUGGGGUCUCCAAAAGGAGCAUGGUAAGGACUAUGGGAGGGAGGUGUGGCUGGGUACCCAGGAGUUAUAGACUGUGCAAUAGUUAAAGGAACAUGCUGUGCUGCUAUAACAAGAGAGGCUUAACUACAACGUAGCAUUAAGAAUGUAGGAUAUUUUGUCUUCCUGGCGGAAGUCCAUGGUGAGGGUUCCAGGUUGAUGGGUAGCUCUGAGCAGCAGGUAUUCCAAGGUUCAAGUUCUUUCUAUCUCAUAGGGUCAACCUUCCUUAAGAUGUUGGCAAAGUAAAGCCAGCAGGCCAAAUCUGGCUCAGCACAUGCUUUUUAAUGGCCUGUGAGAUAAGAAUGGUUUUUACCUUCCUAAGUGCCUGAAUAAAAAUUAAAAGAAUAAUGUUCCCUGACACAAAAGUUCAUAAAAUUCAAAUUUCAGUGUCCAUAAAUUAAGUUUUAUUAGAACAUAAUCACAUCCAUGUAUCUUGCUCUAAUGACAAUUAAGGCCAUUUUUCUGCUACAAUAGCUAAUCUGAGUAGUUGUGACAGAGAUGACUUGCAGCCCCUGAUCUAGAAACUUCUUGCUGUUUACACGGUCAACACUGGGCAAGAGAGGCCAGAGUAAAACCUGGGGGAGACACACUCUGUGCCUUAACGUAUCUUGAGCAGUUGUGGUAAUGAUCACUUUCACUCACCUUUUUCAGUGAGAAGUGAGUCAUAAGUUACAUCUAAUCACAAAGGAAGUAAAAUUAGUCUCUAGGUGGGCAACCAGAUGCCCAGUUUACUUAUUGUAAAAAAUGGAAGAAAACACAAUUUGAUAGACAACCAGCACUUUCCACCACAGAUGAAAUUCCCAGAAUCAGAGCUGAUUUUCCAUGUGAUUUAUGUUCAUUUGUAAUAUCUGCAUUCUGUGAUUUGAAAUAUAGACCGAUCUUCUCCCAAAUCAGAUGGUGUUUGCAAAUUGAGUUAAAGAGAUCUCUAUGGCAAUGCCAGUUCUAAGUUAUGCUUAAAAAGACAAUUACAAUUCAAGUAGUUCCCUACAUGUACCAAUUGCGUUCCUAAAGGCAUGUAUAAUCACCAUUUGAAUGUGGAUUCCAGAAACUACAGUAAAUGGAAGAAGAAAAUAUUGAACUUGGGACUGAUUGGGGGGAAGGACAGAUU